UUGUGCCGUGGCUUUCUUUGUUUUGCCGUGGGCUUUUUUGUUUUGCCGUGGGCCUUUUUGUUUUGCCGUGGCACUUGUGGGCCACCGUAUAGGCCACCGUAGGUCGGAGACAUCUCGGCAGUUAUCAAUGUAUUUCUUUAUUUAUCUAUAGUACCAUUUUAGACAUUUCAAGGCGAACGAAUGAGUUUGAUGUUUGCUGCGAUUUUGUAUUAGAAUGUUUAAAAAAUUUGUAGCCAAAGAAGAGAUAUCGGGCACCAGUCAGUUGAAAUCAUCCGUGCAAAGAGGUAUUAGAACCAAAGUUUUGGAGUUAUACCCUGCUAUCGAGCAUUACAUAGACCAAAUAUUACCAAAGAAAGAAAGCAUUGUGUUAAUAAAAUGUAAGGAACAUAUUGAGGUAUUGUCGGUCAAAUCAGAGCUUGUAUUUUUUCGACAGCGUGAUGGACCAUGGAUACCUACAUUGAGGUUACUUCAUAAAUAUCCAUUUUUAUUGACAAUAGAACAGGUCGACAAAGGUGCUAUUCGUUUUGUUUUAAGUGGUGCUAACAUAAUGUGUCCUGGUUUAACUUCACCCGGUGCAAAAAUGAACAAUGCUGAAAAAGACACAAUUGUUGCUAUAAUGGCCGAAGGCAAAGAACAUGCAGUUAGUAUCGGUGUGACAAAAAUGAGUACACAGGAAAUGCUAAUAGGUACAAGCACAUGGAUAUGGAGGCAAAACUACAAAUAUAAAUACCUCACGACAAAUCUGUUAGGAACUGAAAAAAAUAAGGGGAUUGGGGUCGACAAUAUUCAUUAUUUGAAUGAUGGAAUGUGGGUGAUGAAUCAAUUGGAUAAAUAAAAAAGUUGUAAAAAUGUUAUUGUAAAAAUCGUAUUCCCAUGUUACGAUUUAUUUUGAUAGGUUUAUUAUGAAAGUACAGCUUCUUCCUCUACCACACGGGUUUUCUCUUAUAAACGUGUUUUUUAUUAAAAAAAGACGUGUAUUAUCUCCUAGAGAGCCACGGUUCAAACAUCAACCGGUUUUAGUUUAAUACUUCUGUUAUAUGAAUAAAAAAAUUAAAAAAAAUUAUUUUCAUAUGAAGGAACUGUUUUUUUUUACUUCUAUACAAGCAUUGUUAAAUUAAUUUUCGCAUCUGACGGGCUUUGUUACAAGUUGUAGUUCUGGGUCCUACUCAAUAUGCAAUUAUUUGAUAAUACUUCUCAUCCAACACAGAAGAAGUUUUGUAUUCCUUUUUUAAUUCUAUACAAGUAUUGUAAUUGAUGAAUAAUAAAUGUCUCACCAGCAUGUAAA